GCCGUCACGGUUGCGGUCUGAGCGUUAGCGAAGUCCAACAUAUUGCGAUCAAGCUUGAAGCUCCAAGAUGAACGAAUUUGAGAAAGAAGCCCUGGAAACCCAUAACCGGUACCGAAGACGCCACGGGGUGCCGGAGUUGAAAUACAGUCAGAUUAUCGCGGCAGAUGCCCAGAAAUGGGCGGAGGAACUUGCUAAGUUGGGAACGCUUGAACACAGUGACAAAACAGAGUACGGCGAGAACUGCGCUUCUGGGAGCGGCAGUGGGGACUAUGAUAUGUCUGGCAAGGACGUUUCUAUUAUGUGGUACAAAGACUACAAGAAGUACGACUUUGAUAAUCCAGUGUGGGGUGCAGGAGGACAUUUCACACAGAUGGUGUGGAAGAGCAGUACGGAGUUCGGGAUUGGUAAAACAAAGAAUGCUGAUGGAAAGAUUUUUAUUGUCGGUCAUUAUCUACCUGCUGGCAACAUAAAAGGACAAUAUGAAAAUAAUGUCUUCCCGGCAAGUGGCCCGGUUGAUGACGACGAAGAAGAAAAGUCGGCGAAACGAAUCGGCCCUCAAAUAUGCGAUGUCUGCAAACAGGAAGUGAAAAAAUUCUACGAAACCAAAGACGGAGGCGUUCUCUGCGUGGAAGACUACGAGAAACAAGCUCCCAAGUGUGCUGGGUGCGAUGAGUCGGUUAUCGGGGAGAUUAUUUCCGCUAUGGAAAAGAAAUGGCAUACUAAAUGUUUUGUAUGCGCCGAGUGUAAGAAGCCGUUCGAUGGUCCUUUCUUCCAUAAAGAAGGAAAGCCGUAUUGCAAACCUGAUUAUGAGAAGAUAUUUAUGGGAGGUGAACAGAAGCCGACGGAAUGUCAUGGAUGCAAGGAGGCGAUAGAAAACAAGUGGAUAAAGGCCUUAGGAUACGCAUGGCAUCAUGGGUGUUUUAAAUGCAAGGGAUGCGAAAAAUCGCUGGAGGGCGAAUCCUUCUUCAAGAAGAACGAAGACCCAUAUUGUGAAAAGUGCGCCUAAUAAACUUGAGCGUGCCUGCUUACAUCAGACGCAUGCGCGUUCUGAAUGUAUUGGCUGGUGUCACGAGCGGGGCACAUACUACAGUGGUGGCGGCACCGUGGGGGCAGUGGGGGCGGUCGUGAAACACUCAUCUAUAUCUGUCACUAAAAUCCACCGCAAAUGUCGGUAGAAAUGCACACCGUGCGGCCCAACGUAAGAGAUAUAUACCUAAGUGUACCAUCAAAAUUUGCUCCCCAAAAUGCAGGAAACAGCGUUUCAGAGGGUCUAGAUUUCAAAAUUUUACCGGGGGAGCAUGCCCCGAACCCCCAAGAAAGGUCGCGUUGACAUUCAUUCACAUAAAAUGACAUUCACAUAAAAUCUUCGCCCCCACAGUCAAAAAAAGCUGCCACCGCCUCUGUACUAUGUGGUUACUUGAAUAUAAUGCACCUCAAAACCUAAAACAAAUACACCCCGUGUCACGGGGUUGUUUACCUUUGACUUUGGAAACUCCCAUGGUCCUUUGCGCGGAUACACGAACAGUUCCAAUGUUUCGCUGUAGAAAUACAACGCCCACACGUGGUGAUGUACAGAAAUAAAUAUCACCACGUUUGUCAGUUUGUAUUGCAAUUACUACUAGUAGAAACUCUUUAGCAUAUUUCUAAUUUAGUUUUAACUCGUACAAUAUGUAUUCACCCAUUGUUUACUAUAGCCAGAACGCUGUACUUACAUGAAUCGUUAUGGCAUUCAUACGUACAACACCUCGCCAUGUUACAACUUUUAAGUUGUCAGUUAACUGGCCCUCUAGAGGCGAAAUAACGCCAGGCAAAGCGGAUGUUUGUCGUCUGCUUCACAGCCCGUUUUAUACCCGAUAUUUAGGACAUUUCGCAGCACAUACAAGUUGUUUUUAUCGACAGAAUUCAUUCAUAGAUCUCAAAUGUCAUGUACAGUGUGUCAAAAGCCACACCUCUGCCCCCUUUAAAGUUAGUCAGCGAUGUAAAUCAAAAUGCGGCAUAUUGUCCUUCAUAGAUAAUGUUAUGCAUAUUUCCGGUGAAAUGACAUUAUUAUAUAUCAGGGUGCGAUCGGCAGGAAUAUCAUAUUUUUCUCGCCUAAAUGCAUGUUAUAGUAUAGUCUCAACAUUUCCUGCGAAUUCCAACUUAUGUGUACUGCCCUCAACGGCAUUUGGUUGGAAUGAUACGCGGGACACGCAAGCGAGCACCUGAGGUAGAAUCACAGUAGCAGUAGUUGGAGGGGCCGCUGAAAUUAAAAUAUUGACUGCAUGAGAGCGCACAGCGUACACGCUUAUAACCUGGGUGCCAUGCCACGGCGUGAAAACUGAUGUAAAGCAAAUAACAAUGUCGUGUUUUAUUGUAGGGCUUCCAUAAGUAAGUUGAACUUAAAUAUAAUCUUAAUUAUACGAUGCUAUUUAACGUGUAUGCAACAAUUGUAGCGAUUGAGGCCAUGUAUUCUCAUUGUAUUGUUUUUAUAUGUUUCUUUUUUUAAUUGAUGACGAUCCGGUUUAUUUUAUGUAUAUUUUGACUCAUUGUUAUUCUGUUUCUAUUGGUUAUGAAAUUAAAUAUUACUUAUUUUACUCAAACCUGAUCACGUGACUCAUAGAGAAGUUGUUUUCCCGAAAUAAUUAAAACUGAAUUACAAGAAGUCACUGUUGAAAGAUAUUGCUGAGGUCACCAUCUUGGUUGUUUUUCUGUUCUCGUGGUUCACGUGA